AUCCACCCUAUAUAUAUAUAUAUAUAUAUAUGUAACAUUUCUUAGUUCACUUGAGCUCCCAGCAUUUGAACAUUUCAGUUCUUCCUUCCAUUUCCAAGCUCCACAAAAUCUUGUAGAAUUCAUCCACACCCAGAUUCACACAUAUCAUGACAACCCAAAACAAGAAAUGAAAUACACUUAUGAUUAAUUCUGCAUUUCAUUUGAUUGAUCAACACCAAAGGCAGAUAUAUGGGUAAUUGUGUUUUUCAUGGUUUUGGGUCUGUAACUACACUCACGGCCAAAUUGAUCCUCGUAGAUGGGCAGCUACAAGAAUUCAGGAGCCUUGUAAGAGUCUCGGAACUGGUGAAAAGAAACCCGGAUUGUUUCAUAUGCAACUCCGACGAGAUGGAGUUUGAUGGGUUGGUUUCGGCCAUGGAGGAUGAAGAAUCACUCCUUCCCGGCCAGCUUUAUUUUGAGCUGCCAUUGAUUUUCUUGAAGCAAAGACUGCAACCUGAAGAUAUGGCUUCUUUGGCUGUCAAAGCGAGUUUAGCUUUAUCUACCAGAAAAUACGAUCAGAACGGAUGUUAUUGCCGAUCACCGGGGAAAAGGUUGAGUUUUCUCGAUGAUGAUGAUGAUGAUCCAAUUGUGUUUCUUCAUCAUGAAGGAAAUGUCCGGGUGAGUUCUCCAAUAAGUACCGGUCCGGCGAAUUAUUGUGACUUAAUGUUCGUUAAAAGUAGGAGAACUCCGGCGGCCGGGAAAGGCAAGAUUAAAGUGACCAAAUUCACGGCGUCACUGAGUGCCAUUCUUGAAAUCGACGAGUAAAGUAUACUAUAGAUAUUAAUCAGCUGACCCCCUACUUAAUUAGAUUUCCGGUAUUAUUAGUAAUUUCAAGAUUAGACUUAUAAGUGCGAGGAUAAUGUAAUUGUUCCAUGUGCAUAUGGAACAAAACUUCGCAAAUAUAUUAUUACCUAUGUUCCAAAAAAAUAUUAAUUUAUAUUGAGUUUUCAUAUUUACAUUAUUUUUAGUACAUAUUCUAAAAAAAUGGAUUAUUUUUUGAGACAGCAAGAGGAUAUAGCAAUUAACACAGGUGGUAAGACAUUAUUUAAAAUCAUGAUAUAGUAAGGAUACACAUUUCAUCGUGUAAUAGCAUGCUUUAGGAAUUUUUUUUUUUUAACUUUAGCAUAUUUAAAAUCUUACUCAAUAAGAUUGUAGGCCUUC